CGUUUAGGAGAUCUGUCCGUCUGCUGUAUGUGUGAGUUCAGUGACAUCAACAAGACACGCAGAUCCGUGUUCUCUGGGGGGACUGACAUUAACUCGCACAUAAUCAAGGCUCCGGGGACAUCGCGCAGCUCUUUUUAGACAGCAGAGGGGAAGCAGCUCGGGGAGCUGGAAUAUAUUUACAGCAGUUUUCCAGCAGGUGUUACUGAAGGAUCUAUCACAGACUAUCAGCAGGGUUCAUGAAACUUUGCUACGAUUUGCGAGCUGGGGCUGCCAUACACAAUGUUAAGGUAAAGCCUAAAGCAGCUGUGUUGAACAUGCUAAAGCGGCUGGACAAAAUAAGAUUCCGCGGUCCCAAGCGAGAUGACUUCCUGGAUCUACCCGAGUCCCCUACUGGGUCGGACACUGAAUGUAGUGAUGACAUGCUGCUGAGACCUCGACCUUCAAUACGAGACAGUGAUGAGCAAAGAGACCCUGCUGGUUUGGGGACUUUGUCUGUCAUGCAAGACCUGAGGAGCGAAUCAGAACGUCUCAAUGAGGUCAAGGGUCAUUUGGAAAUUGCCUUACUGGAGAAGCACUUCCUACAGGAGGAAUUGCGGAAGCUCAGAGAAGAAACCAAUGUGGAAACUCUUAAGCAGGAGCUGGAGAGAGAACGCAGCCGAAGACUUGACCUGGAACAGAAGAUGAAUGAUGUGCUGAAGACCAGGUGUGAAGAUUCUCCACCUCAGCCUCCACGGAAACAGCAGCCACCUGCAGCUAAUGGCACAGACAAACAGCAGAAGGAGACGGUGUGUUCGCGGCUGCAGAGCUGGCUGUAUGAUCGGUUUGGGGUUUACAUUGAAGAUUUUCGCUUCCAGCCUGAGGAGAACACAGUUGAGGCUGAGGAGCCACUAAGUGCUAAAAGAUUAACAGAAAAUAUGCGACGACUUAAACGGGGUGCCAGACCGGUAACAAAUUUCUUACGGAAUCUUUCCGCCUUAUCCAACUGGCACUCAGUUUAUACGUCAGCGAUUGCCUUCAUUAUUUAUAUGAAUGCAGCAUGGCAUGGCUGGGCUAUUCCUUUGUUUCUAUUCUUAGCCAUUCUGAGGUUGUCGUUGAACUACCUCAUAGCCAGAGGAUGGAGAAUUCAGUGGAGUAUUGUGCCUGAAGUUUCUGAACCUGUGGAACCUCCAAAGGAAGACCUGACUGUGUCUGAAAAGUUUCAGUUAGUUCUCGAUGUUGCACAAAAAGCACAGAAUCUUUUUGGUAAGAUGGCAGAUGUUUUGGAGAAAAUCAAAAAUUUGUUUAUGUGGGUUCAGCCUGAGAUCACUCAGAAGUUGUACAUCGCUCUGUGGGUGGCCUUCAUCUCCUCCUGCGUCCUGCCCUAUAAGCUGAUGGGCUUCAUGAUUGGGCUUUACGCAGGCAUCAAGUUCUUUAUUAUAGACUUCCUUUUUAAGAGCUGCCCGAAACUCAGAGACAAAUACGACACUCCGUACAUCAUGUGGAACAACCUGCCCACCGACCCUCAGCUGAAAGAGCGCAGCAAUGCCACUGUGUCUCGACGGAUUCAGCCAGUGGUCUCACGGAGCAGUUUAGCCACCAUCCCGCCCGGAGUGACCCGAGAGGAAGAGAGUGGCCGUCCACACAACACAAAGAAAGGAGCAUUCCAUGAGAUCUUCAACCUACCUGAGAUUGAGAGACCUCUGCCCGUAUGUGAGAAUGGAUGGAGAUGCUGUCUGAUAAACAGAGACAGGAAGAUGCCCACUGACUACAUUCGCAACGGGAUGCUCUACGUCACCGAGAACUACCUGUGUUUUGAGAGCUCCAGCUCUAGAUCAGGGUCUUCAAAGAAGAACAAAGUCAUAAAACUGGUGGACAUCACAGAUAUCCAGAAGUACAAAGUUUUAUCAGUUCUACCUGGGUCUGGAAUGGGCAUCUCUAUUGCCACCCCGUCAACACAGAAGCCACUGGUCUUUGGUGCCAUGAUACACAGAGACGAGGCCUUUGAGACGAUCUUUACCCAGUACAUGAAGAUCAUGACCACAGCCAACCCUGAGACAUAACUCAACCUUUUAUCCUUCUGGAGGAUAUCUUGUUUGGAAAAGUAUGGGACCAGUAUUUCCUGUCUGGUUAACUUUAAUUGACAGUAAUUUAGAUGAUUGUCGGCUUAUGAUGUGACCAGCAGGAGAUUUAGCGAGCUGACAUUCCAGCGAGAGUUCUGCAUCUCAAAGAAGAGACUUUUUUUCAACCGGAGGGAUGCGGGUGGCUUCUCGUCUUGCUCGACUGUGACCUUUUUGGCUUUCAAAGAUGAGCACACUGAUCAGACUUCAUGUUUUGUACUCAUCUCUCAAUGAUUCAGAUUUCAUGUCUGGUUUUAUCCUGGAAGAUGUUACGGGGGGUAGGGGUGGGGUGUUAAAGAAGGUCUUUAACACUUUAAACAUUGCAAGAAUACAUUUUCUUAAUCAGUAUUUUUGUUUAAAACAAGACACAUUAGACAAACUUAAUUCAAGAUAUGUGUCUUGUUUUCUUACACAAUUUUGAUUCUCAAGUAAAUUUGUCUUUUAACGAAAUUUAAUUAUUUUGUACUGGAAAACAAGACAAAAAUACUGAUUAAUACAAAGAAAAAAAAGGCUGUUCACACUUUAGGUGUUUUGCAGCAACAAAUCGACAGGAAGUCAUUGAUUUUUAAUGAGAGUUGGCAAUUUAAGGCGCCAUACAGGUAGUUUAUAUGUAUUGUGCACUAUAUUCAAUCUUCUCAGCCAUACAGCUUUCAAAUCUCAUUUGUGCCAGUGUUCAGUUAGAAAAAGAUGACUUUUUAUUUCUAAAAGUUAUGAGGCCGGUUAUGAAGUUGAAUUUUGCUCACUUUGUCAUGUCGGCUAUGGUCGCUGAUGUUCAAGUUGCUAGAAAUCGACAGCUUUCAUUGAAAAUGACUUCUGGUUAAUUUGUCAUUGCAAAUCACUGUUAGUGCAAAUGACCUUUAAGACUGAUAAACAAAGCCUUUUUUUUUUUCUUUCUUUUUUUACAUUUGUUUACAUUGUUGCUGUGUGCGCGCAACACAGACACACACAAACUCACUUAAUCUCACCUCUCAGCAAAGUGUGCUUCAUAUGUUUUUAGCAGAACAUCUUCCCAAACUUAACUUUGGGAAAGUGUAUUUUCAAAUGGUUUCAAAUGGCCUUUCUUUAAAAUUGCUGUAAUGUCGUAGCAGUCAGCAGAAUCAUUGCUAAUUGAUUGGUUUGCUUACGUUUGGAAACACUAGUUAGAUAUGAAAGGUGUCAAACACAGAUAAGAACAUUUGGUCGCACUUUAUAUUGCAGUAUGUGUACUAACUGUGUACUUAUACAAGAAAGUAGUGAGUAAUAUAAGGUAACUACUUGGACAUAAUAUUAAGGUUAGGUUUAGUACAUAGUACAAACAUGUAGAACAGGACUGUAAAAUAAAGUGCUAUCGAACAUU